CUGAAAGCGAGGUAGCUGUCGUGUCGGCCGCUUCCGAAGCGAAGCAGCUUCUUCGAGGCCAAGGAAGGAAGGAAGCACAAGGGGGGAAGGCCCAUGGCCGCCGCCCCGCAGGAGCCCUCCGGCGAAGAGGAAGAGGGGGACGUGUGCCGCAUCUGCCACCUCCCAGCCGAGGCGGACCAGCCCCUGCGCCACCCCUGCGCCUGCCGCGGCACCAUCAGGUUCGUCCAUGACGACUGCCUCCUCCGAUGGCUCGCCACCAGGAGCUCGCGCAACUCCACAUCCAGAUGCGAGGUCUGCAAGCGCGUCAUCUCCAUCGCCCCUGUCUACGCCGCGAAUGCUCCCGCCAGGCUGCCCGUCUCCGAAUUCAUGCUCGGCCUCGCAAACAAGCUCUUGGGCUGGCUCCUCCUCCUCCUCUCCCUCCUCUUCUCCAUCUACGUCUGGGAAUUUGUUAUGCCCCUCACCACCGUCUGGGUAUGGCGCCUCGCCUUCUCCAGGACCUUCGCUCAAGUGCGACACCUCCUCUCCCUCCGCCGCUCUACCUUCUCCGCUUCCGCCCUCUAUGGCUUGAGGUUCAUGCCCUCGCCGGACACCGUCCUGGCCUGCGUCUCCAUUAGAAGAGCCUUCCUCAGAGAGCUCGACCAUCUUAGGCGCAUCAACGGCCCGGCCAGAAUCGUCGCUGAUGCUCUUGCCCCCCUUGCACUCUGGGUGGCGCGCGUAGAGGCUCACAUGCAGCACAGGUUUGGAGGAUUGGAUACCUUGCAAGUCCUUGCGCUGCAUACCGUCGAAGCGUCCUUGAUGGUGGUAAUAGGUGAUGUGGCAUUUGCUUUUGCUUUUGGUUUUCUCCCCUUCUCUUUGGGGAGGAUAGUCCUAUGCUGCAUAUCGCCUUUCAGUUUUGGCAGUGUGGAUAUAGACCGCUCCUACUCUUCAACAGCCUCAAUACUUCUAGCUGGAUAUGGAUUUAUCUUUUCGCUGGCUGUGUUUUUAGCUGGGCUGCAUACUUUCCAACAAUACUCAAGGGGUGAGCGCCUAACGGUCACAGUUUUCUUCAUGGACUUGAUCAAUUGGGUGUGCUGGCUGCUUAGCCCUUUUCGAAUGCUGCCUGGUAUACAUGUAAUUGUCAAUAGGACGUUCACUUUCUUGCAGCAGUUCUUCAGGGGGAUCAUAUGUUUAGCCAAUAUUUCUCUUAAUCUAACAUUGAUACUUGUAUUGUGCCCAUUGUUCUUUGGGUGGUUGCUUGAUAUCUGCACAUCAAAAAUGUUUGGUGUGACAAUAUCUCAGAAGUUCAAACUUCUAUUUGCUUCAUCAUUUGCUUCUACUGCUCUGCACUGGUUUAUUGGAUGCAUCUAUAUGAAGCUGCGGUCUUUACUUUCCAGUCUUCUUCGUCCGGUAUUGAGGCUAGGAGUUAGUAUCCCCUUUGUCCGCUUUGCUGGAGGCCAAAUCAAGAUACAAUUUAUCGGGGAACCAUUCUACAAAUUUUAUUUCAAGAUGCUGCCUGAUCUUUUUCUCAGCGUUAUCUGUGUUGCAAUGUUAAUUCUUGUUCCUGUUGAAAUUGCUUUCAAUUUGGUACCUUCUGUGUUCCCAUUGGACAUCAUCUACUUUGAUCCUCCAACUCAGGGCAAAGCAUUUUGGCAAGCACCACGAAAAUAUGCAGAGUUACUCUCUGGUGUUCUUCUUUUGAGGUUUCUCAUUUGGAAUACACUCAAAUACCUUGAGCCUGGUGCGCUUGUGGAGAAUGUACUGCAGUAUUGGUUUGCCACUACUGGACAGGCUCUUGGUCUGUCAGAUUUAUUGAUCGCCCAGCCUGAUGGAGCUGGCGAAUCCGAGAUUGGGAAUAGUGUCACACCAAAAGACCAGCAUGGUAGGCCUACUGAAGCCAAGGUCAAAAGGAGAUCUGUUGCAGUUCGUAUGGUGCUACUCGUGGCGUUAGCAUGGCUUACUGUCAUGAUAUUCAAUUCUGCUGUACUUGUUGCUCCAGUCUCAGUUGGGCGUGCAUUGUUGCUUGCCAUCCCUCAGCUGCCAAUAGCAGGUGCAUUGAAGUUCAAUGAUCUUUUUGCUUUUGCUGUUGGAUUUUGCAUCAUAUCAACUAUUAUUGCUGCCUCUAGAGAUUCAUAUGCUUAUGUGACCUCUGGGAGAACACGCCUUCUGGCUUCUAUUAUCUGCAAUUGGGGUAUAACUGCUUUGAAGAGUUCUCCACUUUUGUUCACAUGGAUUCUCAUCAUUCCCUUUCUCAUUGGAUUGCUGGUUGAUUGUCUACUGAUAUCACCCUUUGUGGUGCCUGCCAAUGAAGUUCCGGUUCUGGACUUCUUCUGCACUUGGUUCCUGGGGAUGCAAUUGCUGAAAUUCUGGACGAAGUUGGUUCAUUGGACAAGGGUUGUACCUUCCCUGGCCUAUUUCAUCAGUGAAAGGUGGGACCAGAAGCUAACUCGGGCAAGGCAGGAUGGGUUUUCAGGGCUCAGGGCAAUGUGGGUCUUGCAAGAUGUUUUGAUGCCUAUCACCGUGAAGCUAGUGUCUGCUCUGUGUGUUCCAUAUGUGCUCGCAAAAGGCGUCUUCCCAAGAUUUGGCUACUCUGCCGCCGUGAACUCUACGGUGCACCGUUUUGCAUGGUUGGGCAGCCUUGCCUUAUGUGCGCUAUAUCAUCUAGCCAAGGUAUUCUGCAGGUUCUUUGUUAAACUCCACGAUUCUAUAAGGGAUGAGCGCUAUCUUAUAGGGCAGAGGUUGCAGAACUACGCUGGCAAUAGCUGAAGUCUCACUGCUUACACAAGGCUCCACUUUCAAACCUUUGUUUAAACAAAUCUCGUGCUUUGCAUAUAUGCUAUGUUGCACAGUGAUAUUAGCAUUAGCACCCAAAAAAAAAAAGUGGAGAGGUUAUUCAGGUGGUUUUACUGACCGGGAGGAUACAGCGGAGAUGUCAGAGACCUUUUUUCUGGCAAAACAUGUAAAUACGGGUGCAAUUUUCCAUGUGGCUUUCAUAUAGAUACGAAAAUCGGCCUUAACAAUCAGCUGUCGCGAGGCAAGAUCUGACUUUAAUAACUUGAAAUAAAGUCCCGCAAAUUAAGACAGUAAGCAACAGGUUGUACGCCUUGCUUUGCACCUUAUAACAUUUUUUUUUGCUUUGCAUCUUAUAACUUUUUUUUGUGUGUGUA